AUGUGGAUUCUUGCUCUGAUGAUGUCUGUCAUGGUGGUACAGGCGAAAGCUCAGCAUAUGCUCAUCGGGGUCGUAGAGCGUGGAGUCGAGGGCUUCUUCGUUCAAUACAACAGCCUUCCCUACGCGGCACGCUUUCCAGUGAGACCACAUGACGAAUUCCUUCCAACCAACCUUUUCUUCGAUAUGGAAAUUUGUCACAACCCUCUAGAAUUUUUCGUGCAAUAUGGCUCGGCUUCUACCGUCACUGCCUCAGGUCUUGCCGCUGGUCUCGGUUUGAUCACCACCACACUACAGUUGCUUGCUCCAAAUCUCUCGUCUAGUGACAAGAGAGCAGAUUAUCCCACCGACUCCAUAGGCUCAAUCGAGGCCGGUCGUCUGGAUAUCCAGACUAGCCCAGUAUUUAGCCCGGGCAGAACUGGCUUGGACGCCUAUCUCAAAGAUGACAGCACCUCUCGGGUCUGGGCUGCUACCGCCGACCUUAUGCCCAAGUGGCGAGCACAGCCCGGCCAACUAGACCCAGCUGGGAAGACUUCUGCUGUUGCCGCCGCCGGACUG